CAUCAGUGUGCCCUGAUGAUCUAUGUAGCCCCAGCAGUGCCACCUGUCAGUGUCCAUCAGUGCCAGCUGUCAGUGCUCAUCCAUGCCACCUGCCAGUUCCCAUCAGUGCCACAUAUCAGUGCCCAUCUGAGCUGCCUUUCAGUGUCACCCAUCAGUGCCAGUCAGUGCCACCCAUCAGUGCCAUAUAUGAGUGCUGCCUUGCGGUGCCCAACAGUGAUGCCUGUCAAUGCCCAUCAGUGCAAUCUACUAGUGCCUCCUCAUCAGUGCCACCUACCAGUGUCCAUCAGUGCAGCCUAUCAGUGCCUAUCACUGCAGCCUCAUUAGCGCACACAUCAGUGAAGGAGAAAAAUCACUUAUUUACAAAAUGUA